AUGUUCCUCGGCACCAUUUUUCAUGGUUUAUUCACAAUUCCGCUGGUCAUUUCACAAUUUAUUCCUCCACCAACGCGUCCAGUAAACUUGUGGGAUCCUUUUGAAACAACAACAACACCACGUCCCUCAGGAUUAAACCAAGGGCUAAACCGAGAUGAAGUGGUCGUUCGUCUCCCUCUCGGAGACAUUGUUGGCAAAGAAGUACAUUUACACAACCUGCCCUGGACCAUACAUAAAGAUCCGACGGAAGAGCUGCCUCGAGAUGGAACACACUUCGACCCAAACCCUUUGAAGCCAAACAACACUGUCACCGUGUUCACAUUUUUAGGAGUACCAUAUGCAGAACCACCGACGUCACAAAGAAGAUUCAAGCCACCUCAACAACUGACAACAUUUCCUGGAAAACCACCGUUCUUAGCGUUCAACUAUGCAGCUUCCUGUGCACAAGAUGUCGAGAAAGCUCCGAGUCCAUUUGUGGAUCAUCCAUACCCAUUCAUGGUCGACGAAGACUGUCUCUAUCUGAACAUCUUCUCUCCUGACAUCUCAAAAAAUGCUCCAACGACGUAUCCAGUAAUCGUGUUCUUCCAUGGAGGCAACUUCCAAACAGGAUCUGCAAACGAAUGGCCUGCUCAUGGAUUGGCAUCUCGUGGAAUGGUCGUGGUCACCGUCAACUAUCGACUCGGCGCUUUUGGAUUCAUGAGUUUUGGAGACUCUGAAACUGGAAACUACGGACUACAGGACCAACGCCUUGCAUUGCAAUUUGUUAAGGACCACAUUGCUACGUUUGGAGGAGAUCCACAAGCGAUAACUGUGGUAGGACACGACGCUGGAGCUGCUUCGAUUGGAUAUCACAUGCAAGCACCACAAUCCCGGCAUCUUUUCCGAUCAGCAGCGACAAUGUCUGGAGCUGAUGUGUCAUACCACUCGUACAUUGGAAAACCAGCGCUGGCAUUCAAUAACACCAUGAAGUUAGGACACUACGUCGGAUGUACUGAAACGGUGCCUCAGAACAUGUGGAAUUGCAUUCUCACUCGAUCUACCAAUGAUAUUGUCUAUGCAACACAGAACGUUCCUAUCGAAUACAACCGAUACCUCUUCAUGCCAACUGUUGACGGAAAUCACCUACCUGGAAAUCCACUAUGGACACUAGUGAAUGCACCCAGUGGAGAAACAUCCAUCAUGAGCCCAGUCCCAAUGCUGAUUGGAAUGAAUGCUCAGGAUGGAAGUGAAGUGGUCCUGGAAGAUCGACGACUGGGAGAGUUCAGUCAAUUCAACGACGUUGAUCAUGAGUACCUGAAGAGUUAUUCCUUGGAAUACUGCUACCGUCACAAUUACUCUAUGAACCGAGAAGCAACAGCUGAGGCGAUACUCUCCAAGUACACCUUCUGGCCGGACCGAGCUGCUGUUUGGGCAAUCAAAGAGAACUUCAUCCAGUUUGCAACAGAUGCCUAUUACACCGCCCCAAUGCAACUGUCAGCUCAUCUACACAGUGCUUCCGGUUCUCGUGUCUUCCAAUACGUGAACAACUACAACUUCAGUAAACAGCAUCCGGAUCUGAAAUUUAUUCCUGAUUGGAUGGGUGUUUGUCGUGAUUGUGAUUUGUACUUGAUGUUUGGAUAUCCUUUCCUGCCCGAUGAGUUACGACCAAUUGGACUACGAGGCGUCAAUUUUACUGAUAUGGAUAGAAAUGCCAGUCGAACCUUCUCGAACAUCAUCCGGAGGUUCACAUACUAUCAGAAUCCUAAUUUUCUGUAUGACGGAAGUUGGGUAGCUUACGAACCAAGACGUCAUUGGUAUAUGAACUUCAACUACUCACAUGAAGAAGACUGGAAAGUUCCUGGGACCAUCGCAAGGGACUACCGGUAUCAAGAUGUGGCGUUCUGGAAUGAAUACAUUCCAGCGCUGGUCAACUACAUGACAACAACAUUUUCACCUGAAAAUGUUGCGUAUCGAAGGGAGAUAACAGUUUUCAAGUGGAUCACCGGUGUCAAUGUGAUCAUCAUUGCACUGUUGAUUGUGUUGGCUGGAGCAUUCGGAUACAUGGUGUUCGGAAACAAUGAAGAAGCAGCGGCAGCCGAUAAAGUUGAAAAUCAUCAACUUGUCGGAUACUCCACGUCCGACGUUUCUUCUCGAACUCGAUCCCCCAGAUCAAGAAUUUCAAAUGGUAAAAUGGCUCCAAGCGCUCCAGCUAAGACUGCCAAGGCUCUCGACGCCAAGAAGAAGGUCGUGAAGGGAAAACGCACCACCCACCAGCGUCAAGUCCGCACCUCGGUUCACUUCCGUCGCCCAGUCACCCUUAAGACUGCCCGUCAAGCUCGCUUCCCACGCAAGUCUGCCCCAAAGACAUCCAAGAUGGACCACUUCCGCGUCAUCCAACACCCAUUGACCACUGAGUCGGCCAUGAAGAAAAUCGAGGAGCACAACACCCUUGUCUUCAUCGUCAGCAACGACGCCAACAAGUACCAGAUCAAGGACGCCGUCCACAAGCUGUACAACGUUCAGGCCCUCAAGGUCAACACCCUCAUCACUCCACUCCAACAAAAGAAGGCCUACGUCCGCCUUACCGCUGACUACGAUGCUCUCGACGUUGCCAACAAGAUUGGAGUCAUCUAA